AUGUCUCAAGCACCUUACUCCUGUCCUCUUUUCCUCAAACUCGAACCAAUUCCCCCACACAUCUUGACUUCUUCCCCUUCUGGUGCCAUGGCCACGAAGACUCAAGCUAUGGCAGCAUUCCUCCUUCUGAAUCUAAUGUUCUGCCCAUUUGCCUCUGGGCAACUGCCCCUUACGUGCCUCCUGCUGCUCCCGAAACUAAGCAGCUGCGGCACUCUGUCCGUCCUCAUCAGACUAGGCAUUACCGGUAUCCUUCGUACUAUAACAACUACAGGAUGUUGCUCUCUCUUCACGACUACCACGAGUGCGCAGGCGAUCCAGUGCCUCUGCCUCGAGACAAAGCUUGGUCUUCUCAGCGUUAGUGAUGUCAGUGCGAUACUGACUGCCUGCAACCAGCCGGUUCCCAACCCGCUUUGUCCAUAA